GACACGGGCGCGCGGCCGAUCAUCUCUCGCGCGGUCGUCGUCGUCAACAGUGUUUACGAUUGCCGUCGCGAAUUCCUUCUUCGCCGUCGUCUUCGCUGCCGCCGCUGUCACCGUCGAAUGGCAGUUUGAUUUUUCGCCAAAAAUAUUAUUGUCGGCGUCUCAUACAAUAAUAAUAUUAUUAUAUUAUUACCGUUAAAAUAUAUAGUUGCACUACACAGCGUAUCAAUGAUUUGUGUAACCGUGUUGUGUGCCGUAUCAUCGAUGAUCGUAUGGUCUUCGGUGGCGGGUUACGAUAUGUUAGACUGUAAUCGACAACUGUCCACUUUUCGAGUGUCCAAUACCGACGUGAACGGGAGGACGUGUUCCGAUGAGAUCAACGUGAUGUCAUGCUGGGGUAGAUGCGACUCAAAUGAGGUGUCAGACUGGCGGUUCCCAUACAAACGUUCGCACCAUCCGGUGUGCAUACACGCCGGUCAGAUACUCACGGAGUUUGUAUUGAAGGACUGUGACGUUGGCGUUCUGCCGGGUACGGAACUAUACGUUUUUCCGCAAGCCACAGCGUGCAAGUGUCACACGUGCAAGUCAUCGGAGGCGUCUUGCGAGGGGUACCGGUACAGAGAUUUCCAGUUCAUUUCCACCGACGAAGUUUGAGGAAAUGUAUGAUUUGAAGAAAAAAAAUGCGACGGAAUUACGAUGACAGCAAACCGAACACGACAUCAUAUAUAUAUAUAAAUAUAUAUAUUAUUAUUAUUAUUAUUAUUACGCGCUUCCGUUUUUCUUUUUCCCAUAUCUUUCGUUUCUAUUAUUUACUCGUCUUUUAUAAUGUUGUCAUUAUCGUCACACACUCGACAUAACACAUUGAUAUUAUCAUCUUGUACGCCUUUAUGAUUUUCAUCAAAUAUAUUGUAUCACAUUGUAAUCCGAAACAUGAAAAAAACUAUUUAUAAUUUAUGAGCCCUUGUCUGUCGAUAAAAUAUGAAUUUAAUAUUUAUUGUAUGCUUUUA